UUCUUAUUUGAUUCGUGUAUGUUGAAGUCCAUAGGUGUGCGUAUGUGUCAAGCGUGGAAUAAAAAAUGGGAAUGUUUUGUCGCGAUAACCUGUAUCAAGGAACAUAAGAGGCACGAUACCAAUAAAGUUUGCUGCUACGCUCAUCCGGAAGCACAUUUGAUAGAGGAUUACAGAGCGGGUGACCAGAUUUGUUCAGAGUGUGGAUUAGUCGUGGGGGACAGAGUCAUCGAUGUUGGAUCAGAAUGGCGAACAUUUAGCAAUGAGAAAGCAGGUGUUGAUCCUUCUCGAGUGGGAGGCCCAGAAAAUCCACUUCUCAAUGGCUCUGAUUUAUCUACUAUGAUUGGCCCAGGAACAGGAGCAGCUUCUUUUGAUGCUUUUGGCGCAUCCAAGUAUCAAAACAGACGCACAAUGAACAGUUCCGACAGAGCCUUGGUUAAUGCGUUCCGUGAAAUAACUGGGAUGGCCGAUCGUAUAAACUUGCCAAAAACAAUCGUCGAUCGGGCAAACAUAUUGUUCAAACAGGUACACGACGGGAAAAACUUGAAAGGACGGGCAAACGAUGCGAUAUCGUCCGCUUGUCUCUACAUAGCAUGCCGUCAAGAGGGCGUACCUCGAACCUUCAAAGAAAUUUGUGCAAUCAGUAAAAUCAGUAAAAAAGAAAUCGGCCGAUGUUUCAAACUGAUACUCAAGGCUCUCGAAACGAGUGUUGACCUCAUCACGACUGGCGACUUUAUGUCACGUUUUUGCUCAAAUUUGGGCCUACCUAAUAUGGUACAGAGAGCCGCCACUCACAUUGCAAGAAAAGCCGUCGAGAUUGAUAUCGUACCUGGCAGAUCUCCGAUUUCCGUAGCUGCUGCAGCUAUUUAUAUGGCUUCACAGGCUUCGGAAGACAAAAGAUCGCAGAAAGAGAUCGGUGAUAUUGCUGGUGUAGCAGAUGUCACGAUCAGACAAUCAUACAAACUGAUGUAUCCACACGCCAUCAAGCUUUUCCCUGAAGACUUCGCCUUUGCAACACCCAUCGAUCAGUUGCCGCAGAUGUAAAAAAAAGACAUGCCGAAAACAAUAGUAUACGAAAUGUUUCUCCAUUGGCCCACAGAGUAUUCAAGGAUCGGCAACGACGGUAAGAUUACGGCGAAGAGAAUAAGCGGUCAUGCGAGAAUUUUGAUUGUUAUUGAUCUUUCGAUUUUAGUUAACAUUCCUCGAUAACGUGUGAAAACUCUGCGAAUAUAAUUUUAUAUAAUUUUUUAUUUGAUAAAAACACGUUGAAUAAUCGCCAAAGUAACGUUCCGAUUGGCCGUAAAGAAAAGUCAAUGGCAACUAUUUCGAAAACUGAACUGAAUGAUCGAAUUUCUUUUCCCUUCUUGUAACUAAGUAUUCCAAAGCUCCACGUCAAAAAUAUUGAAAAACUUUUUUUAUUUUUUUGAAUGAAGUAAGAUUCAAAAUAUUCUUUUACAUCAUGGUCUGAAGAAUCGCAGCGUUAUGCAGUUGAGCAUUUUGACGAGUUUUUCUGAAUUGGUCUCUAGCGAAUUUGAAUGAACGUAAAUACAUGCGUCCGCCAACUUCUUGGCUGACAGUUUUUUAUUUUUUCUCUCUGUAUUAUUUCGAUCUGCCAAUGUGCCUUUUUCGUUCACGAUUGAAAAUUCAGCAAAUUUGAUUACUAUUCUUGUUUUAAGCGUAUAUUUUGCUGUUGAAAUGCAAUCAAAAACUCUUGGAAAAUGAAUGCUGCUCUAUUGGAAUACUGAAAACUUGAUAAUCUCGCAUUAGGGGGAUGACGAUUUCAAAAUAACCCAUGAAAAAUGAUCGUAAACAGCUAAAAAGACGCCGUGCAUUCUUUGUAAAUUUGUAGACUACCUUAAGCUUGGCUGUUUAACAAGGAACUUUAACCGUAUUCUAGAUGUGUUUUUUUGUUUUGUUUUAUUAUUUUUCAUUAUUUGUUAUAAAAUGUACUCGCUACUUUUGUGUUCGAUUUGUUUUAUUCUUUAUAUAUUUUAACUUUAAGGUGUUUACUGUAUUCUGGAUUUAUCGGUCAACGGUUCGUCAAUAAGGCUGUCAUUCAUUCGUCCUCGAUUGAAAGAUGUCGAAGCAUCUUGUGAGAAACACGCUAGGGAAAAAACGUGUGAUCUGUAUUAUAUAUUUAUAAUGCUUACAAUUCUUUUCUCAUAAUAUUAUAAUUAUUCUUACAGAUGAUAAUAAAAAUAUUGCAAUACGUUA